AUGUAGCUUAAACUUCUCCAAGCAAUUAUUUGAAACUUAGAAAGCAGCUUUGGCGGCAGCAAAUACGUGGAUAAUAGUCUGGAAAUCCAGCUUCUUGGCUUAUUCUACCUCUAGGCAGGGUAUAGAUAGUUCUCAAAGUGAUGCAAAUAUUUAGGAAAGUCUUCCUAAUUUUCGGGCAUUGUUGGCAUUCAUCAAAUAUUAUGGAGCAAGAUGGGUUUCAAAUUGGCAUGGUAAACGUGUCUGAAGUGAAUAUGUUACUUCAUUGGACAACAUACAUCAACGGAAUCAUUUUGUGUAAAAUGUUUGCAGCUGCGUUGAGUUCAUUUUCUUUUAUAUCAUGAACUAUGGCAGCUUUUCUUUUUUAAUGUCAUUCCCAAUUUUUCCAAUGGUUGCACAGAAAUUUCAAAUCCACAAGGAAGCUUUCUAUAUUUCUAACUUCAGCGUCGAUGAUUGCAUUGAUGUUUUGAAGUAGUUCCUUUCAUUGGUUGAUCAAAACGCACUGAAAUUUGAUCAUAUUUUUCAGACGUUCCUUGAACGUCACUACGAAUUUCUGGCCUAGGGUUGUGUAUUUUUAACUUAUUGCAAAGUGCUUAAAAAUCCGGGAGGAUCUUUCGCAAAUGGUUUGACGGCACCGAUUCUUGCAGGCCACCUUGUAUUAGAAUGGAAGUGAAGGGAAUUGGGUAUUUGGAAUUUCAGAAUUUCCCUGCUGCUACAGAAUAUGCCGGAAUAUUUCUGAACGACACCAGAAAAUGUUAUUGGUCGAGUACAGCAUUCAGCCGAGUGGACUCCAAAUUCAAAUGGUGUGCUUAUCCAUAGGGCAAAAGAACUGCACACAUUUAUUUUUACGUUGGAUAUGACUUUGGAACCCUUCCUACUUCUUAUUUACCGCUCAUAUUACUACUAUAAUCGUAGCCUUGUUUUGUUAAUUAAUGAGGCAAUAGCUUUUCCGUAUUUUUCGUGACAAUUUACAAAAGCGAGAAAACAGUCUUUUUAAAUAAAUGUUCGAAUUAAUCACCUAUGAUAAGACGGGCCCUUCGAGAACUAUGGAACCGGGGAAUCCUCAACGACUUGUUUCCUUUUAUCCUCAAACACUUUUUGUUAUAGCCACCACAUUUUCCAAUUUUUUACAUGAAAUGUUAAUUAAAAGGCUUUCGUUAUGUCGUUAUGUUUUCAGAAAUAUUGUUUUAUGCGACUAAAAGGCACAUGUUACACAAGCAUAAAUAAAAACUUGUUAAAAAGGUUAACGAAACAGUAGUCAAACUUAAUUUACAACGUAAAAGCAGCGUAAAAUCGACAUAAGUUCAAAAAGGUAGUGAAUUGUUAUUUGCCUCAGCGCCAUCGGUCACUUAUACGCCCCUGCAACCAUCGCGUUGAGUGAGCAAGAGUGUUUAAUACCAAAACAAUAAUGCAAAAGUGCAGUAAAUAUGUUUAAUGCACAAUAAGAGCGCAAACAUAUAAUAACUCAUAAAAACGAUGUAUUUAUAAAGCACAAAAAUACAUAAAGUAUACAAGGGAGCGUUAAGUGUAGUGUACUAAUGUGCUUACUUAAUGUGUGUGCAUUAAAAUCAUUUUAGCGACGAUAAUUAAAUAAUUCUUUAGAGCAAACACGACACAGGGAAAAUUUCAUUGCAUUGCAUUUUGUCAACAAUCUAAUUCGGAAUGUUCAUUUACACUAGGGAAUAUGAAAGUGAAAAGUUCUCUAACUACUCGUAUGAGCUGAAAUCAAAGAGCACAUCGCCAACACCCACAUACGCCACCGGAAUAUCUGUGACAAGUGUGGAACCCGCUGCUGCAUUGGUAGCUGCCGGCACACUCAGCCGCGAACUGUUGAACGAGGAUUUGAAUAUGACCGUCAACGAGAACGUGCGACUAAUACUACCACAAGCGCCAUCGCCUCUCACCUUCGUCUUUCAGAAUGAGAGCGCAUUCGGUGACAAUGGUACUUCUGCGGUGACACCGCGUAUUAGCUCGGAAAUUCCCAUUUGGCUAAUACCCUGUUACUGCGUGAUCUUUUUUUUUGCAAUUUUCGGGAAUCUACUCGUGAUUUCAACACUCGUACAAAAUCGCCGUAUGCGCAAUGUGACUAAUGUCUUCCUGCUGAAUCUCGCUAUAUCCGAUAUGCUGCUGGGUGUGCUGUGCAUGCCCAUUACCUUAGUCGGCACACUGCUGCGCCACUUCAUCUUCGGAGAAUUCUUUUGCAAACUUAUACAAUUUUCUCAAGCUGGGUCGGUGGCCGUUUCAUCCUGGACUUUGGUUGCGAUAUCAUGCGAACGUUAUUACGCUAUUUGCCAUCCGCUACGCUCAAGGACAUGGCAAACGAUUAAUCAUGCCUACCGCAUUAUUGGAUUCAUUUGGUUCGGCAGCAUCAUUUGCAUGACUCCGAUUGCAUUGUUUAGUCAAUUAAUUCCAACCAGUCGACAAGGCUUACGCAAAUGUCGCGACCAAUGGCCGGAGGACACCAUUGCGUAUGAACGCUUUUAUAAUAUAUUCUUGGACUUAACAUUGCUGGUGCUGCCACUAUUUGUGCUAUGUGUUGCGUAUAUCCUCAUUACGCGCACCCUAUAUGUGGGUAUGCGUGCGGAGCGUGCUUUAGUCCUUGGUGGCAAUUCCACCAACGGCAGCACGCCUGCCAAGCAGCACGACAACAGUUCAUUGGGGGCAAUUGCCACGGUCACCAAGAGCACAGCGGCCGCACCAUCGGCCACACUGCAGUCACCGUUCCUAAGGAGAUUUAAUUUGAAGAUGUCACUUCGCUGUCAUAGCAGACAAGCCAACAUUGGAAACUACGGUAUUAGAAGUGAUGACCACGAUGUUGCUGCUGGAGCACAGAGUGACACAAGCUAUCACCAACAGCAUCAGCAUCGCCCGCAACAACAACAACAACAAAACCAACUGAAGUACUACGAUGCCGGCGUCAUUGAAGACAUUUCAAACAAGUCCUUUUCGACUGCAUCAGUGAAAACACCACAGAACUUGUUUGGUUUGCGUGUGCUGUCGGAUGUGGAUGCGGCAGAACCACAAAUGGACUUGCAGCAAAAGAACUCGCGGGAAAUGCGAAAUAAUACAAUGAGAGACCUGCACGGCUACAACAACAAUGGCAAUAAGAGUGAGCCAUCAAUAUAUACCCUACAGCAGCAUUCGCAUCAACAUAGGCAGUCGCGUUUGACACUGCGUGCCAAUUUGGCACAUCAUAGCAGUAAUCAGCAGCAAAAUUUUUGGAAACCAACUCCGCUGCAACUGCAACAGCAAUAUUUGAUGGACAAUCGACGGAUAUUCGAUUCCUCACCAACUAUACGCAAUUCUGAAUCCGCGCUGAGAAGGUCAAACGAGGCGAAAAAUCUUGAAAGUAAAAAACGAGUCGUCAAAAUGCUUUUCGUUUUGGUGUUGGAGUUCUUCAUAUGCUGGACACCACUGUACGUGAUCAACACCAUUUCCAUGUUUAUCGGCCCAGCUAUUUACGAGUACAUCGACUACACAUCCAUCUGCUUUUUUCAAUUGCUCGCGUACUCCUCAAGCUGCUGCAAUCCCAUAACAUAUUGCUUCAUGAAUGCUAGCUUUCGGCGUGCAUUUCUCGACACAUUCAAAGGGCUACGUAUGAGCAGCGUGACUAGCCGAAGAGUUGGGGAAGCAGGCUUCAGCGGUUGGGUCAAACGACGAAGGCGGACGACCGGUGGUGGCGACAGUGUUAGCUGCACGCAGUUACCAGCUCUCGGCACAAACAACUCGAUUUCACUGACCAAUAAUACAAUUAUUGUCCCGAACAUCAACACAGCAAAGCACAACUCGCAAACACCACAAAGUAAUUGAAGUUGUCAACCGAAAAACGGGAAAUGACGUUUGUAGAUUAUUUGUGGUGGAUGCAUAAGUGCAUAUGUGGAAAUGAACUCCACCAAAUUGGAAUUUUUAAAAGUUUUAAAUAUCACAAAUAAUAAAGAGCUGAGUUGGGAUACUGCCAACCAUCACA